CGCACGUCCAGCAAAAUCGAUUGGACAAUAAUGGUUCUGAACCUUCUCUGCACCUGUAUGAAACGUGUAGGACAAGCAGACGAGAAGUCGUUGCAUCAAAAAUUGAUGGCAGUUUCCAACUCGUACCUACUAAUCACGUUGUUGCAACAUCUCAUUUCUCAGACAACCGAUGCCUUGCCUUCAUUCAAUAUUCAGAUCUUCCCAUCACCUCCGAUCUAUGAAGGCCAAGGAUCGGUGUGUAUCGUUUGUACAACGAUGUCAGCCGUGUCGUGGUACAAAGACGGAAAACGAAUUUUGAAAGACAAGACCUCCACGACGUCAAUAGACUCGGAAAUCUGCUUCACAGAUGUGACCGCAUCAAACUCAGGUGUAUACACCUGCGUGACGGCAUUUGCAGUUAACAUCGGAUUUUUCAAUAAGUCGAUCACAUUACAAGUUAAGGAAGCGCCAAGAGUUGAAAUACCAGAGAUCAGCAGAGUCGUCAAUCAAGGCUCGAACAUCACACUCAACUGCACGGGCAACAAUUUUACAGAAUUGCGCUGGUUCCAUAACGACACAAUCGUUGCUUUUAAGAACACAGAGUGGUUUUUGUCACCGACUCUGGGAGUGAAGUUAUAUAUUAUAAACGUUAAAUCUGACGAUGCCGGACCCUACACGUGCGAGGGGAGCAACCAGAAAGGCAGGAAAUCUCGUGAUACGUUCACACUGUUCGUAUCGACACCACCUGUAGUCCUGCUGUCACCGUCCGUCGUCGUUCUGAGGAGAGGUGAGCAGAGGGAGUUAACCUGCACAGCGAGCGGGUGCCCUCAGCCCACGGUCGAGUGGAGAAAGCAGGACGAUUCGACGGGAGCGUGGACAGUUGUCGCCACGGGCACGACCUUCUUUAUUCCUGGAGAGUCGCUGAGCAGUAAAACUAACUACAGCUGCGUUGCAAGAAACAUGGCCGGCAUUGCGGCAUCAACUGUGACCGUUAUUCAAGAAGGACUAACCGCUAACGACGAGCAUAUCAACAUUACUGCCGCCAUUAAAACGGGUCAUUCUUCAACACUGGUGUGCGAUGUCGAUUCGAAUGCGGACACUAAAAGUAUGACGUUUGCAUGGUGGAAAGACGGAUUAACGAUCGGAUCGGGCAACACAAGAGUGACCGUCAGCAGAACCGAUUCCGGCAGCAGUCUGACCAUCAGUCCAACACGAUUGUCGGACAUUGGAGUCUAUCAGUGCCAAACAUCUACAGACAACCAUCAGAGCAUGGUGAAAGUAAUAAUUACACUCCACGGGCCUCCUGUUGCACCCUCGGUGGUCACUGCUAGUAUCAGCUGCUCUAGUACGGUUAACGUUUCGUGGACGGAGGCAACAGGCAGCGAUCCGAUCGAAGGAUAUUUGGUCACGAAAACGGUCUACUCGGUGGAUACCGGACGUAUUGAAAGUUACUCACGCGAGUUACCCCCAGCGGCUAGAAAGACGAAUUUAGAUCGACCCCCGUGUGGAAACUGCGGUGUUUUCGGUGUCGAGAUGCAAUCGUUUACGGUCUAUGGAUAUAGCAACAAGCUCCUAGUCUCGUCUGUUACUGAUGCUGACAAAAACAUGUUACAGUCAAACAGUCGAUCUGGGGUAUCAAGCAAUUUUUGUCUGACGUCAUCGGAUAAUCUAGUGUUUAGAACGCUGCCAAAACUUCAAUUAAGUCUGGCCGACGUCCACUGCUCGUGUGACCGAAAAACAAUUACAAACGUCAUUGUUUCAACGAUUAACUCUGCGGUAAAGAUCACGGUCAAUAUUUCAAGCGCCACAGUCGCUCACAACGACGACAGCUCUCGUUUUCUGUAUCAGAUUUCGCUCGGUCGUACGUCACUGUAUGAAACGCUCGAGUCAUUGGAGUCAGUUAAACAGUUCGUCAGACAGCAAAACGAGCUUUCUUUGGACGAGUGUUUCUUGACAGUCGAUCAAGAAAAUUGCGAGUUGAUAUUUAUAGAUGACGUCACACCUCUUUGUAAACUCAAUCAAGACUCGAACUGUGAGAGCAAGAUGAUUCUAGUGAUCACUGCUGUACUGGGAUCUGCGGCUGGUCUUCUGGUUGUGACCUUAAUAUGUUGGUGUUGCAUAAAGACAAAGGCGAUCAAAACAUAUAAUGUUUCUAGCACUAGUGUGACACCACAACUUCGUCAAGAAUCUCUAGUCUAGCUAUCCUCUAUUUUAGAGUAGUUUGUAAACAGUUAGAAAAUGCAUUCAAAGCAUGCAGCAGUACUUUGUUUUUACUUUGGCUGUGACCAGUAAAUAGAAAGCUUGUACAG